AUGAGUGACAAUCCACUGGCUGUGUUUGUCGAUAUGAGGGAACGAAGCUUGUUUGAGAGCUUGGAUAGGGGUUACCAUCCAACCUACGGACUGGGUACAAUGUCUGGGAAUGAAUACGAUACUGCAUGGAUUUCAAUGGUCAGAAAGCCGACCCCAGGUAACACUGUCUGGGCGUUUCCAGCUGCCUUUCAGGCACUUCGUCAGCGACAAAGCCAUCGUGGUAGUUGGGGUGAAACCACUUCUGAAUUGGACUCCAUUGCCAGCACAUUAGCAGCUCUCCUUGCACUGCAAAUACAUGCGAGGGACUCCUGUGGCAUAGCCCGUCAAGACCUCAACACACGAAUCCUCAAGGCGAAGGCAUUUCUAGAUACUGCUUUGAAAGGGCUGAACGACUUGCUAACAGCAUGUACUUUGCCCGUUAGUCUAGAGCUUCGGUUACCGGCAUUGUUGGAUCUCCUGGAAGCGGAGGGACACACAUUCGACUUUGAUCGAACAUAUUUGACCCAGCUCCAAUCGAAGAAACUUUCAAAGAUCAACUUCGAUACCAUUUUCAGCGGCCAACAAACCUCACUUCUGCAUUCGUUGGAAGCUUUGAUUGGAAAGAUUGACUUCAAAGGGCUGUCCCAUUAUAAAGUUCUUGGCAGCAUGUUGGCAUCUCCAUCUGCGACAGCAGCGUAUCUGAUGCAUAAUUCUGUUUGGGAUGGUGAGGCCGAGGAAUACAUUAACUGUGCAAUAUCCAAUGGAGCUGGCCAUGGAUCAGGGCUUGUGGCUGCAGGAUUUCCAACCACGGUAUUUGAAUGGGCAUGGGUGACAACGAACUUGAUGCGCCAUGGCAUUGAGCCAAGUAGCAGUCUUAAAGAAGUUGGCAAGCAGAUCGAAAGCGAAAUUGAGCUACAUGGACUAGUGGGGUUUGUCCCGAAGGCAUGUCCUGACGCCGAUGACACAGCCAAGGCCUUAGCAGCCCUUGUGCUUCAGGGAGCACGAUACUCACCACAGGCAUUGAUCGACCGAUUUGAACGAGAAAGUCAUUUUGUAACAUAUCUAUACGAGGCCCAUACUAGCAUAAGUACCAAUGCUAACGUUCUCACUGCUCUGAUGUUACUUUCCACGGAUGGGCGCUACCAACCACAGAUUGAAAAAUGUAUUCGCUACCUGUGCGAGGCAUGGUUUCACUGUGACCGAAUGGUAACGGACAAAUGGAACAUCUCACCCUAUUACCCGACAAUGCUAAUAUGCGAAGCCUUGAUGUCCUAUAUCCAGCGCUGGAGUGAAGGGCACUUGGCCGCAUUACCCGACGAUCUUAUGAAAUUUCAACUCCCGAUCACAUUAUUUCAAUCCCUAUUCCGAACAUUGCGCACCCAAAAUCAAGAUGGAUCCUGGGGAAGCUCGGGCUCGGCUGAAGAGACAGCCUAUGCGCUCCUGAUCCUGAAAAAGGUGGCGUCUUUUAGCUUCACAGACGUGAUAUCAGCCGAGGUUAAAAACGCCAUUAGCAAAGGUGUCCAAUUCAUUCUGACGAAAGGCCAACGGUCACCGACAGACGACCUACUUUGGCUGGACAAAACCUUGUAUGCCAUACCGACUGUGUCAGACUCCUACAUCGUGGCUGCUGUGAAGUCUACCGGCACUUUCGACAGACUUGCCGAAAUACCUCAUCAGUUUGGAGACAUUUCAACUACAAUGGUUCGCAAGAUGACAGAUUACUUUGCUCAAUUGCCAUCUCAGAUGGAGACACCCGAGUGGGUUAUACAAGCUUCAGUUAUAGAAGCAAUUCUCUUCAGCUACAGGUUAAAGACGCUGGAUGUAUUUUCCACCGGAAAAGCCCUCGGAGAGCAAUACAUUAAAUAUGCCGCCUGCUUCUGGACAAUGGCCAACAAUUCAAGCCCCGAGUAUCUCCUAAGUACACGGAUAAUCUACAGCAUGGUAGAGCUUUCCAUUGGUAUAUUCCAAGAAGACGAUUUGAUGGAAAGGUCCUUGGGGAAUCUACCGGAUUCUACCACCGGCAUUAUAGUCGACUAUAUUGAUGAACUGUGCCAUGAAGCCGAUCUUUGCAAAGAUAGCUCUGUCCACGAACCUUCGUCUAGAACGAGUAUCUCCAAUAUAGAUGAGGCAACCCUCGUUCGUCUCAAGAGGGUACAACAAGAUAUAGGAACUUGGUUCCGUUUUGUUUUAGAUGACAACCUCCAGGCGAAUGCUAGUCCUUAUGAUAGGCGCAACCUGCAACAAGAAUUGAAGAUGGCGAGUUUGACUGCGACACAACAAGCGAAAGCGCGUAGAUCACUCAACAAUGACCUUGGAAAUUCUGACACAGGGCGUGUUGUUGUCAGUACAGGUCAGACAUUCUAUACCUGGCUACAUACAUGUGCUAUUUAUGACGUCAAGAGCUCACUUGUUUCCAAAUCGCUUCUUUGUAAGAUUGGGAAUGGUGAGGACGUCUUCACUACCGCCAAAGAAAAGUACCUCGCCGAGAAGUUAUGGCGGCACAUAUCCGUGGAACACAGGCUUUGGAAUGACUUCGGUAGCAUUGAGCGAGACCGCCUCUCAUCAAACCUCAACUCAGUCAAUUUUCCCGAAUUCUCGUCCCCUCAAAGCCUCGAGGCAGGUGGUGAUGUGGGGGCGCAGUUGAUUCAGCUCGCAGAGUACGAGCGCAAAUGCACUCGGUUAUGUUUAGAGGACUUAUCACAGAUUUUGGAAAGUUCCGGUCGUCAAAAGAUCUCGCUGUAUUUACAAAUGUAUUACCGUUGUUGUGUGAUCUAUCCUGAAACCUGUGUUAAGUAUGCUUUCGCCUCCACCACGGCGACGUGA